CGUUGCUUAUGUCUAUUUUCUUCAUUGUUUAUGUUCUAAUUGGAAUUACCGCGAGCAAGCGGACGGCUUGCUGCUAACCGUCAAAAAAUCUCAAAAGCGGAUGUGUGUAACAGAAGAUAAAUUUCAAAAUAAACCCACGGGGCAAGGUGCUUAAUUUUUGACUAGUUUUGUCGGCUAAAUAUCUUUGUAAAUAAAAAUUUAAAAAAAAGGGAUCGGAGCCGAACGUGAGCAAAUAAAGUGCAAAAAUCCAACUGUCGGCCGAUAUUUUUCGUGCAAUAAUCUGUUAUGCCCCAAGGUGCAUGAAUGUUCAUGUUCUCGAGUCAAGAGUGGCCAGCUAAUACGAUUCUCCAUCAGUUUACGGUCACACCAUUAAUUUAAUUAGAAAAAAAGGAGAAGAAUACAAAAAAUCAUCAGAACUGAAUCAAAAGACAAUCGGAAUUUAAUUUUAAAAUGUGGAAACUUGGACUGGUACCGGUUUGCUGAAGUUUGGCUGUUCCUAUGUCUAAGUUUUUAGAAGGAAACUGUGGCAAUAUAGAUGCAAAAUAGCAACUAGCGACUAAACGCAAACGCACCUGUUGAAAAUCAAGUUUUUAUUUUUUACAAGAAAAAAAAAAGAAUAAAUACUAAAGGCUUGUAUUUAAGAUUACAUAACCCAAUAUGGAACCCCAUCAGCGCCACCUAUCCAAUUUUUACAAAGUCGACGACUGAGUGACAGUGUCUUCGUCGAUAGAGCGCCACAAGCAAGGAGGGCACCAAAGUGCUAGGAGAGGCCAUACUAUUCCCGCUCCACCGCCGACUGUCACUAUGCCGAACAUGUCCAGCAUCAAGGCAGAGCAGCAAAGUGCCCCCCUGGGCACUACAGGAAGCUUUCAGCUACCGAGCAACAGCAAUGCAACCACGAUACCAGCUGGAGCGGCUGGAGGAGCCACCACCCCCUCCCGGCACAACGUCUCCGUGACGAACAUUAAGUGCGAGCUGGACGAGCCACCCACGCCCAACGGCAACCUGGUGCCGGUAAUAGCCAACUACGAACUCCACUCGGGCAGCAUACUUAUACCGCUGACCGGACAACAGAGCCAGGAGGACGAGUCCGACUCCGAGGCGGAACUGACGAACAUUGAGAACUUGAAGGUGCGACGACGGGCUUCGGACAAGAACGGUCCGCGGCCCAUGUCCUGGGAAGGGGAGCUGAGCGAGCCGGAGGCCGACGGCGGGGAGGAGCCCAUGGAGACCGAGCCGACGAUCAAAAGGGAGAUCCUGGCGUCUCAUGCUGCCACGACCAUGCAGCCCAUUAAGACCGAGCUGGAGAACAUCGACGGCGAACUGCACCACCAGCAGCAGCAGGGGAAGCCGUACACGCUGUCCACCUCCACGCCGCACUCCGGCCCGAAGCUGAAGCUUGCGCCGACCCAGAGCGACCCGAUUAACCUUAAGUUCGAGCCACCGCUUGGGGACAACUCACCGCUCCUGGCGGCCCGCAGCAAGUCGAGCAGCGGCGGCCACCUGCCACUGCCUGCGAAUCCCAGUCCGGACUCCGCCAUACAUUCCGUCUACACGCACAGCUCGCCCUCCCAGUCCCCGCUGACGUCCCGGCACGCCCCCUACACGCCCUCGCUCAGCCGGAACAAUAGCGACGCCUCCCACAGCAGCUGCUACAGCUACAGCUCGGAGUUCAGUCCCACCCACUCGCCGAUUCAGGCGCGUCAUGCCCCGCCCAGCGGCGUCCUUUACGGCAACGGGAGUCUGCACCACCACAGCGUGCUGUACCGACCGCUCAAAAUGGAGGCUUCGUCCACCGCCUCAUCCGGAAGCCACGAGGCGCAGAACCUGAGCAUGGACUCGGUCUGCAGCAGCCUGGACGUGAGCUCCGGCUCAUCCCUACCCGCUUCUCCGGCUGGCAUUUCGCGCCAACAACUCAUCAACUCGCCGUGCCCCAUUUGCGGCGACAAAAUCAGUGGCUUCCAUUACGGCAUCUUCUCGUGCGAGUCCUGCAAGGGAUUCUUCAAGCGCACUGUCCAAAAUCGAAAGAACUACGUCUGCGUGCGCGGUGGACCCUGCCAGGUGAGCAUCUCCACGCGCAAGAAGUGCCCGGCCUGCAGGUUCGAAAAGUGCCUGCAAAAGGGCAUGAAACUGGAGGCCAUUCGGGAGGACAGGACGCGUGGCGGUCGGUCCACCUAUCAGUGCUCCUACACGUUACCCAACUCGAUGCUCAGCCCGCUGGUGAGUCCGGACCAGGCGACCGGAUCGGCAACGAUGCACCAGCAGCAACAGCCGAAUCAGCAACAGAGACUUCAUCAACUGAAUGGGUUUGGUGGUACAUCACUGUCCACCUCGGUUUCCCUGCCCGCCAGCCCCAAUCUGGGGGCCUCCAUCAAGGUGGAGGAACCGGUUGAUACAGCCAAGCACCAGAUCCAACGAAUAGGAAGCAUUCCGCCACUUCUGAAGGAAAUUAUGGAUGUUGAACAUCUAUGGCAGUACACCGACGCAGAGCUGGCCCGCAUCAAUCAACCGCUGUCUGCCUUCGCCUCCGGAAGCUCCUCAUCGUCCGCAGCUACUUCCGCCAGCCACGGACAACCGCCACAGCAACCACAAGUGACCAAUCCACUGCUGGCCAGUGCCGGUCUAUCAUCCAACGGAGAGAACGCCAAUCCCGAUCUGAUCGCCCAUCUGUGCAACGUGGCCGACCACCGUCUCUAUAAGAUUGUAAAAUGGUGCAAGAGUUUGCCCCUCUUUAAGAAUAUAUCGAUCGAUGACCAGAUCUGCUUGCUAAUCAAUUCCUGGUGUGAGCUAUUGCUCUUCUCCUGCUGUUUCCGAUCCAUCGACACUCCUGGAGAAAUAAAAAUGUCACAAGGCAGAAAGAUAACCCUCUCGCAGGCCAAAUCAAAUGGUUUGCAGACCUGCAUCGAAAGAAUGCUUAAUCUGACAGAUCACUUAAGGCGCUUGCGAGUCGAUCGCUAUGAAUACGUUGCCAUGAAGGUGAUUGUGCUGCUGCAGUCAGACACCACGGAGUUGCAGGAGGCUGUCAAGGUGCGGGAGUGCCAGGAGAAGGCCUUGCAGAGCUUACAGGCCUAUACCCUGGCCCACUAUCCCGAAACUCCUUCAAAGUUUGGCGAACUCCUGCUCCGUAUUCCCGAUUUGCAGCGUACAUGCCAGCUUGGAAAGGAGAUGCUAACGAUCAAAACACGCGAUGGGGCCGAUUUCAACUUGCUGAUGGAGCUAUUACGCGGAGAACAUUGACAAUUGAUUAUUCUGAUGGAAGUUAGCUACCAUUGGCACAAGUUUUACAUACUUAGUAUUAGUUAUUAUAUAUUUAGAAUUAGGUUUUCUAACUAUAAGCUCUGAAAAUAUGUGCCUAAAACCAAAGCCACAACAGCCAGCUGCAUCGCGAGCCCACGAAGAAAUGAAACUAAGCGCAAAAUUUGCCAAAUUUUUUACACAAAACUAUAUAUUUUGAUAUACGCCAUGUCAGCAGAGGAGGGAGGGGGCUUCGAUCAAUCGCUGGUGUUGUUGUCGGCUGGUGUUCCAGUAAAGAAAAGAAAGUAUAUAACGUUUUUGCUAUAUAUACAUAUUUGACUUAUGUAUAAAGAAAACUAAAGCACACAUGGAAAAUGAAAAGACUAAGAAAUUUAUUUAAGGGAUUAACUUUAGUAUAACGGAUGGAAGUAAAAUCGAAAAUGCAUAAAGAAGAAAAUAACAAAAAUCAAAUCAAAUUAAGAUAGCGACUUUUUUAUAUAUGUAUCUAUUUAAGAGCAAAUAUUCAAACUAUUUUUUAAUGAAAUGCCAAAACCGAUUUGGUGUAAAGAAGAGCUGCUAGAAUUUUCGAUACAUAUAUCUAUAUACAUAUAUAUAUAUACAUUAAUGCAAAUCGGAUAAAGUCCAAUUUUUAAAAGUUUUAGCAUUUAGUCUUAGUGCAAUUUCACCCCCAUGUCUACAUAAUAUACAUGUUUCUCCAGAUAUGGUCGCAAAACCUCUUCAAACAAGAAAAGACCACAAAAAACUGUCAACUUCAGUUGGCUAAAGACUCCUCCAGUGAUUCUAUUUGUUACAUUGAAAAUACACACACGACUACUUAUACAAUAUAUAUAUAUUAUAUAUAGUAUAGUAUAUAUAUAAAUCAAAUG